AUGCCCAGUCUCGAUUAUGGCCUAGCGUCGAGUCCCUGGUAUCACCAACCCUUGCGGCUACACUCUCUACCUAUCCCGGGACGCAUACGCAUGGCCGACCCAAGACCAUGGUCUACUACUACCUACAGACUGUCCUAUCCCAAAUCCUGUAGCCAGAACCUGGCGAGUAAGGCCGAAAGGAAGACGAAAAGGGCGUUCACGUCGUGCCUCGGCUGGAGAGACUCGGUCUUCACAGGACAAGUCAUUGGCUCCGUAAAAUCACGACACCAAGCAACAUGCCAUGGCCAACUUGGAUAUGCCCAGGGUAGACCAGGAGGGGCUAGGGCGGUCUACCGCGUUCACUAUCAAGUGGAGUCGCAAACAGCUAGGUAA